UUUUUUACUAUUUUUGUUUAGAGAGAUAUACUGGCAUGCCAAGGUUAUAAAGAAUAAAUAAUCCGGCGAAAGGGAAUAAUAGGAAAAUGAAUAAGACUUCUACACCGCUCAAUAAACCAAUGCGAUACUGUAAGCGUUGCAGUGUGUGUGAAUGCGCCAAGUCCCGUUCUCGAAGACCCGAGAUCUUAAAAGAUUCAGUCGAUUUGCCGAACACAGUGAGAGCGCACUUAUCGGGAAAAGCUGGGAAUGUAGUUAAAUGCCCCGUGUGCUUUACAAAUAUAAUUGUAGAAACCAGAGGUCCAGCAAUACACUACAAGAGAGCGAAUCCUGAUAUGGAUGAAUAUGUUUUUCCUCGGCUGAGUUUCACAUCGGAUAAUGGUUACGUCAGUAUCUGCCACUCCUGUGAUACGGGUGAAGCUGAGGUGAAAUGCAUCGAGUGUAACCAAAAACUUUGUUUUGACUGUGUACGCUCGCAUUUUCGCGCCAAAGCAACCAAACGUCAUCACAUUACAGGUAUCGUAGACCCAGACUCAACACCAACGCGAUCGAGAUCUCCCUCACCGGUACGAUUAAACUCAAGGACUCGCACCCCGUCCCCAACCAGGAAUGGACGUGUUAGAUCGAAAUCGCCCAUCCGAAAUGGCAGAACGAUGUCGCCCUCUCCUAUUAGAAACGGACGCAGCAGAACACCUUCGCCGACGCGAAAUGUAAAUUUGAAUGCCAGAAGAAGCUUAUCGCCUAAAAGGCACGAUAGCACAAGAAGUGCCUCUCCCAAAAGGAGUACAAACAGCGAUGUGCCUUUUGGGACUUACUUCACGGAUUCUGGAGUGGAGGAUUCGCUUUCCCCAAUAUCGCCCUUUGAAAGUUAUUCGUUCACGCCGAACCAUCAAGUUACUUUCAACACCAGAUUAUCCCAACUGUCAAUGGAAGAUGCUUACCAAAGAGGGAAUUCUCCCCGCCCGAAUGAAAGAAAACAGUUCGAUUACAAACCGGUGACGAGUUCCUUCAGCACAUGGAAAAACGACUUCAACCAGAUAACUAUGUUUGAGCUGCCAAGCUACGUACUGGCGAUGUGCGCCGGCUCCCGAGAUCAGUGCUGGAUAGCGGAGGCUAAGUCGUCUGCUAUUCAUUUAUACAACGUCGACGGCAAGCACGUGAAAAGCGUAGAAAUUUAUAACGAAGUUCGGGAUAUGGUCGUGAACAAGGCAACCGAUGAGCUGUUUGUAUCCUGUUUCCCCAGCAAGCACAUUAAAGUAGUAAACUCCGUUGGAGAAGUUGAAGUGUUCGCUACGUCUUCUCUUCAUACCGCCGGAACUAGCGUCAACAGCCAUGGUGACAUCAUUGUGUGCGCAGUUGAGGAUAUGCGUCGCCGCUACAAACCAGAGCACAAAAACUGCCUGCAAGUGUACAGCAAAGAGGGCCGUCUGAAGCGCGAAAUAGAACGCGAUGUCAACGGAGAUAAAAUCUUUGCAUAUCCCGAGUACAUCGAUGUCAACAUAAAUGGAGACAUGAUCGUCUCCGACAUUGAAAGAGAACACGUUGUCAUUCUCAACAGCGAAGGAAAGGUCAAAUUGGUCUACAAAGGUCCUCCAAAAGGCACCCUGGACAAACCAUUUGACCCGCGUGACGUCAAAUGUGACAAGGAUGGAAACAUUGUCGUUUGCGACAUCAACAACAACUCGCUUCAUCUUCUGGACAUUAAUGGUGUCUUUAUUCGUCUCCUACUCUCAGAGGAAAAUGGCCUCUACUGGCCCGAUGUCGUUUCAAUUGACAACCGGGGGCAUAUCUGGGUGCGGGAACUAUGGCAACACACCGUGAAGAUCUUUCAGAAUGUGUGAUAAAUUUGCUGACUGUGAUAUGUUGGAGGAUUAUCCAAUAGCCAUUGUGUAUUUUGCAAUAAGGUCAAAGUGAUUAUCGGAGAUUAUCGUAUCGAGAGGAUUAGUUAUGAUUUGCAGUAUUAUUUAUUUAUUAUGAAUUCAUGUAAUGUUUUCUUGCCGUUUGAUCAUCGCAUACUUUUACUUUAACUUUCUUAAAGUAUUCUACCACUUUGUAAAUGGAAUUGAACAUAGAAGAAAAAUAAUCAAGCCCAUUGUAAAGGUGCUAAAAAAUUUCCGUGCACAUUUCAAAAUAUUAGUCUUCUAGAUUUACCAUCACUCACUUCUUUUCGUCGAUAAAUUAUAGAAAGGUUAUAAGUAAUCCCUAUGCUGUCCAGGAUGUUUUAAGGCUUACCAGGCGACGUGGCAAGAUUUGCUUUUGGAUAACAUAGGGACAAUCCCUGAAGAAAUGAAAUACGAACCCCAUAUAAUAAAACUGAUCAUCCUGUUCAAAAUCAUUGUCCUCAAACGUGUACGAUUUUCUUUUCAAUUAUUUAUUCAACAUUCUAUUUUCGCCACGACAAUUACUUGUUUUCAGCACACAUUCAAAAUACGUUAUGGAUGACAAAAAGAUAUGAAAACCCUUUUAGUGAAAUUGUUGGGGAGCAUACAAGGGUUUUGUAUAAUUGAAAAUUAAAAGCUUUUAUAUAUACUUGUUAAACCUUGCCUUUUAAUUUUGUUAUCUACACGAUUAUAUCGAAUUCAUGUGUCAAAAUUAAGUGCCACGUACACACAUGUAGGUACCGUUAUCAAUUAUACCAGCAUAAAUAAAUCGUGGUUGGCAUAUCCUUAAUAUGUGAAAUUCAAUGAUAAAUUCAAAGCAUACUUAGUAUAAUUUAUAUCCUUUCGGAGCGUACCUUGAUAUCAGUUUUGGCAAUGAUAUAUAGUUUAAAAUGAGACAACAUACUCAGAAAAUAUAUUGAUACAAGAUUGAAUGUUAUGUCAGAUUUCAUUUUUCAUCAAUGUCGAUGAUGAUGUAUUCAUUUCCAUAAAAAAACCCAAAAGCAAAUUAAUAUAGUAGGUUUUAAAGGUGCUAAAUUUUCAUUUAUUGAAUAGGAUUUAAAUGCGGUAUUAUGUCGUAUUUAGAACAGGUGGAUAGGUUAUCGCGAAUGUUUGAAAGGUAGAAAUAACUAACGAUAAAUGGAGAGGUGGCUGUUUGAAUUCCAUUAUUUGUCCUGUUGGUCGUGCCUGUUUGAUUUCUUGUGUGGGGUUUCUUAACUCUUGUUUAACUGCCAACUGCUCAGAACAACAUUAAAUUAAUAAAAUCGCCGCCAGUAGAAAUCCUGUUACGUAUCUUUUAUACCCCUAAGUUUUGGCAAGAUUUCGUCUUCUUUUUUGACAGUUGAAGAAUUUCUUAUACCUAUAGUUAAGUAAUUCCUGCCAAUGUUUUUGUCAAGGGAUCCUUCUCAACGACAAUUUAACCUGCAGUAUUACAGAUUUUUCUUUCAUAUAAUUACCUUAAUUUUGUCAGAGAGGUUGGUGGUCAUGAUUGAAUUAAUGAAUAGAGUCGUGUUACAAAUUGUUAUUAUUAAUUGCUGAAAUACUUAAAAUUUCAUGUAGGAUUCCUGCACAUUUUAUAUACCUAGAUAUACAUCCUGUUUCACAUUUUUUGCAGCCUGACAGAAUUGUAGAAUUGUUACAAGCAUUCAUCUAUUUGUAGGCUCAUCUUGUUUUACGUUGCAAUGUAUUCCUGUUUUGUAUAGCUUAUUUAUACAUAUUUAUUAUCAUAUCUGUACACUGUUUGUUAUUUCAUUCUGUUAUUGUCUGGUCAUAAAGGGGUUAAAGUUCA